AUGCCUGAACCAAAAUAUGUUAUUGCUAUGGGAGCAUGUACAAUUACCGGGGGAAUGUUCAGCACGGAUUCUUCUAGUACUGUUCGAGGAGUCGAUAAACUAAUUCGUGUAGAUUUAUAUUUGCCUGACGUUAUAGAUGCUACAACAAACUUCAUAAAAAAACUAUCUCGCGAAAUUUAUGAAGAUCAAAUUAAGCCUCAACAGGGGAAUCAAUGUUUUACUACCAAUCACAAAUUUCAUAUUGGCCGCACUACUCAUACUGGAAAUUAUGAUCAAGAAUUACUCAAUCAACUAUCGUCUAUCUCAGGAACCCCCCCUGAAAAAAUUUUCAAAUACAAAAGGUCCAUAUCGUCCCAUGAAUUAGUUUAG